AGUUGUUUGACUCGUUUUCCUCUACUUUCUUUUCAUUUAGCAAAACAGUAAACAGUGGCUCGAUUGCAGGUGAUUUGUAAACCUGGAACAGCGGAAUGCCAAAGAAAAAGAAAAACGGACAAAGUCCCUCGCGUGGUGCGAUGAAGGGAAGCGCUCCCGAGAUUCGAACACACGGGGCGAUCGGAUCUGCUGUGACCCAGGCGGACUCAACAUGGGGUAAUAGCAACUUUGCGUCCACGCUUUCCAGGAGCGGCCAGUCGGGAUCUCAAAGACGAGACGAAAUCAUCCAGAGCAUGCAAGAAAUGUUUUCACAUCUGGAUCCUGAAGUUAUUUACAUGGUGCUCUCAGAGGCAGAUUUUAAAGUGGAGAAUGCGAUGGAUUCUCUGUUGGUGCUGUCAGAUGCUGUUGAUGAUGGCAUGGCCCCGCCCCCUCCUCGUGUCUCAGGGUUUGAGGAGGCUGCUGCUCUCCUGGGAACAGCACAGAGCAUUGCCAGUUCAAACCAGCCUGCAUCCCAAACGCAGCAUAGCCUUGGUGAAACGCACCUCACAGAAGAGUUUGAUACGUUAUUAGAUUGGGAACUUGCAACUUUCGCACCACGGCAAACACAAGCUAGUUCACUAAUGUCUUCCAUACCUCUCUCAGCUCUCCCCCCUCCAUCUCAGUCAAUCCCUCUCUCCUCUCUGCCUCGAAAAUCCCAAACUCACCUUCCUCCUCCUCAAACUCUAUCAGAGGGUGAACAGUUAACCCAGGAGGGCAACACUAAAUGUGGUUCUGUGACUGAACAAACCGCCUACUCCAACCCCAGGCUCAGUGAGGCCUCUGGUGGUAGUUCACCAGUGGGUGAAUUAAGUUUUGGUGGGGGUCGUAUUUCAGAGCAGAAAAACAUAUCUCUUGACUUUAGUCACCUAACAUUGGAGGCCAGCUCAACUGAACCACGAUCCUCUGCCUUUCAUGUCUAUCGCAGACCUGAACAGCUUCAUAACCACACAGGGGUUUCUGCAGUGAGCCAACAUAAUGAAGCCCUUCGCACACCAGCCAUGUUCUGGAACGCUCAGGCAACUGAGUUUCAUCCCCGAAGCGUUGGGCCAACCUUUAUCACACCUGUCAUUCCCAAUCCCACUCCGUGGAACAUGAACCCCAUCCCUGCUGCUCAGUGGUUGGCUCAAAGACCUAUGAGACAACCUCCACUAAAGCCUUCUGCAACAGUACCACAGUCAUGGACUCUGCCCCCAAAAAACCGACUCAAAUUGGAGGGGCACGUGCUGGUGUUACUUAGAGGGGCUCCUGGAUCAGGCAAAACCACCCUUGCCCUUGCUAUGCUGGAACAGAACCCAGGAGGAGUCGUUUUGAGCACUGAUGACUAUUUUACUCGAAAUGGACAGUACUAUUAUGAGCUGAAUUUACUAGGAGAGGCCCAUGAGUGGAAUCACCAGAGAGCAAAAGAGGCUUUUGAAAAAGGCCAAACACCCAUCAUAAUAGACAACACCAAUAUGCAAUGUUGGGAGAUGAAACCAUACGUUGCCAUGGCACAAAAGCACAGGUACAAGGUGCUGUUUCGUGAGCCAGAUACCUGGUGGAAAGCAAAACCCAGAGAGCUGGAGAAACGUACAAGGCACCAAGUAACAAAAGAAAAGAUCCGACGUAUGCUGGAUCGGUAUGAUCGAUUUGUCUCUGUCCAGAGCAUCAUGUAUUCACAAAGACCAGAACCUGUACCAAGUUUUGUGGAUUUAACUCAAACAGAUGCUGGCCAACCACAGCAGUCUUUACCACCUGGCAUCAGUCAUCCUGAUCUUGUAGGUGACUCUGGGUUCAGCAAACUGAACCCAUAUCUUUCCUCAUCUCUGCCUGAUGUGUCCUCUGUUAGACAGACUGUUAGUCCAGUUUCCAAAGGUGAAGAAGAAGGUGAAAUGGCAUCCUUUAGUUCCAAAGAGCCCAUUUUGUUUGGUGAGAACACGGUGGAAGGAUCUGGGACACCACAGUUGGACCUGCUUGAUGGAAAAGGGUUGGACUUGGAGCUAAAUGGCUGUCUUGUGGACAGCGGGACAAUUAAAGAGAGAUUAAUGGAGCAGCCUGUAGCGUUUUCUGAAUCAAUUGCUCAGCGAGUAAAGAGGGACAGAGCGUAUGAUAGAAAAGUAUUGGGAGUAAACACUAUCGAUCAACCUGCGACCUUUGACCCCAAGGACGAGUCUUCAGGGCAGGAUAAGGAGGAGGGGUGUGAAGGGGAGCCUCUUUCUGAGGACUGUGUUGUACGACCAGAGCUGUUGGAUUUUGUGGGAGACUGGCCGUUGGAAUCUCAAAGCCAACGCCAAGGUAGAUGUCAGACUGCAAGGAAUGACUCUGUAAAGAAAAUGGAUAUGGAAUCUAGUGCAGUGGAAGAAAGAGAGAAUGCUUCUUCUGAUGAGGACAAGCAAUCUGGUCCUGACAAACUGAAUCAGAUUUCAGAAUUUCAGAAACUUGUAGAUCUUUUGCAAGGUGGAGGUAACCCAUCUCCAGGUCCUAGUAAGCCGUCUCCUCAGAAUUCCCAAUUUUUGGGUGGAAAAGAGGAGGACUUGAACCUGGAGACUAUGUCCUGGUCUGAACUCCCUGACUGUGUGCAGAAGUUCUCGGAGUGCACUGACCCAAGCAAUGAUUUGUUCAAUUCUGCAAGAAAACAAAAGGAAGAACUGACUGAGCAGUCAAGUCAGGUGUCUGCUGAAGAGGACACAGGCAUGCACACACAGGACAAGGUUGGGGAAGACAAGCCUGUGUUUUCCGAGGAUAAAAGCAGCUUGAGCCCCAGCAUCCAAGAAUCUCAUUGUGUAAGGGCUGGUGUAGAAUUUGAUAGCAGUAUAGAGAGGCGAAGAGGGCUUAGUCGAAGAUUAGGAAAACCUUGUAAAUUGGCACUUACCUUUACCAAUCAAAGCCCUUCUUCACCCCCCUCACAAUCUCCAUUUAUUUCACAUCUGUCUCCCGGUCUUACACCUUCAGGAGAAACACCUUCAUUGCAUAUAGCUUCAUGUUCCAAUGCUUCAACUCAAACAAACCCUCAGGACUUUGCUGUGCUUUGGCGAAUUGAUCAGCGAAAAUGUUUUGCAGUAUCCUCCGAUUUUACUUGUAAGGGUGUGGUCAUUUUGGAGGGUAACCCUUUACGUUUCACUCCAAAAACAAUUGAAGAGCCGUCUGCCUGCCAGCAGCAUGUGCCAUACCGUGUAGUCCAUGAGAAAGGGUGUCAGGUGGAAGAGAACGACGUUAGGGAGUCACAUUCCAAACAGCACAACCUUGAGAUCCUCAGCCUUCAUUUCAGACGUGUCUCCAUGGAAAUCCUGGAGGACCUUUAUGAGAAGUGCCAUCAAGAUCUGGAGUGGACAACUAAUUUGUUGCUAGACUCAGGAGAACGGCUAUAUAAAGAAGAUGAAGAGGAGGCUGACUUGGAGUGUUUAGUUCCUGUGGAAGCGUUGCGUGAUUACAGACAUGGGGCGAAAGUUUCAUCCAUAGAAACGUCAGAAAUGGCAAUAGGCACAGAUGUCCACCCAAACAGAGAUGCUUGCAAACCAGAUUCGUGCUUUGAUGAGCCGAAUGUGGAAGACUCCUGCAACAGUUCAGCAAGUAGCGUCAGUCCCAAGUCCCAAGAAACAAACCUAAGUGACCUGAGCCAAGCUGAUGAUGAUUGGAGCACUGGACAAAGUUCACAAAGUGAAGCUGAAGGUUCAGAUGAGGGUGUAAGCAUGAAAACUGAGAAAUGUAAGCCUUCCAAUGUAGAUCAACCAAGAGUAGACACUAAAGAGGACAACCCAGAUCUGCAAGGUCAAGAUCAGGAAGAAACAUUAGUUACAGAAAGUGAGAAAACUGAGCAAUACUUAGAGGGAGCGUUGGGGAAAUGGAGUGACGACGAGGGAGGGGAGAACGAGGAAAAGGAAGAGGAAAAGACGAGAACAGAAGUGGAUGCCAUAACACAGUCAAUCUUGCAUCAGGUUGUUGAAAUGGAGCGCAGAGAGGCAGAAGAAAGGAAGGAACGUGAAAAGGAGAGAAGGAGGACAGACAAAGAGAAGAGAGAUCCAAAAUCAAUGGACAUUCAAACCCUGGAACUGAAGCUUCCAACUGAACUUGCAUUGCAGCUUACUGAGCUGUUUGGACCUGUUGGGGUCAGCCCAGGUGCAUUUUCACCAGAUGACUGUGCGGUGCAGAUAGACCUAAACUUGGCCAAACUCUUGCAUCAGAAAUGGAAAGAAACUAUCCAAGAGAAGCACAGACACGCUGCACUCUCCUAUCAGCUACUACAAGAGACCGGGUUGACAGACCAGUCACUUUUGGGUGAAGAAGUUCCUUUUAUGGACCACUGGAGUGUGUCCUGUCCCCCCAUCUCUCUAAGAAACAUCAUGAUUGAAGAGCAGGUGAUGCAGGACUGCAUAGAGAAGUCCAGGUCAAGCCGGAAAGAUCUGGAUAAAAAAGACAGCGCAGCCAAACUAAAAGAGAACCAGCUCUUCUCCAUGUUCCCAACUAUAGACCGACAUUUUCUUGGAGACAUCUUCAGAGAUCACAAUUAUUCACUGGAGCAGACCGAACAGUUUUUGCAUGCUCUGUUGGAUGACGGGCCAGUCAAAAAUGUUGUGGCUUCUGAACCUGCCUCUCAACGCAACGGCACAAGCAGAGCACAGAGCAAAGAGAGGAGAGCGAAACCGAGGGAUGCGCAGGCGGAAGCUGCUCAGUUCCAAGAUACAGAAGAUCCGGAGUAUAAGGACUUCCGCACGGAGGCAGUGCUGCAUAAACAACGGCAGAUAGAGAGUUUUAACAAAGCAGCUGAAGCCCAUAGACAGCGUCGUAAAGACGUGGCCAGUUUCUACGCACAACAGGGCCGCAUGCAUGGAGAGAAAAUGCGUGAAGCGAACCACCUUGCAGCUAUGCAGAUAUUUGAGCGAGUGAAUGCUUCGCUCCUUCCUGAGAAUAUUCUGGAUCUUCACGGACUGCAUGUGGAUGAGGCCAUUCACCACCUUAUCAAGGUGCUUGACGACAAAACGUCAGAAUGGCAUCAGGGUUUGUGCGGCCCCCAGCUGUCAGUCAUCACGGGAAAAGGGAAUCACAGUCAAGGGGGAGUGGCACGUAUCAGGCCGGCUGUACUUGACUACCUCAAAACCCAUCACUACAGUUACACUGAGCCUAAAACAGGAUUGGUGUUGGUCACGCUACAUUAAAUGAGCUGCUACAGUAAAGUGUUUACUAUUGCUGCCUUAAACCAAAGUGUCUUUUCUGUGAUCCAGUGGUACCAGCAAUGCUGAAGGUAUUUUUUACUUUAAACAACUUUGAAGGUUUACUUUAAACAACAUACACCUCUCUGUCCACUUUCGUUUUCCAAAGGUUCAUAAAAAUAUCAAGGUACUACAUGUUUACAUAAUGCUUUGUAGUGUAUGUCGACCAGUAUAGCUAGUUUACUUAUUUAUUGAAGUUCCCUUAAAUAUUGUUCUGUGAUCACUUUUGCAUAAUCAGUGAGUUUUAAAAAAUGCCAUCAAAAGAGAUGAAGACCACACAUUUGUUUUGUCUAACCAUACCAGUUUUUUUGUUGUUGUUGAAUACAAAAGCAGAGGGGAAUGUUUGUAAUGUAUUUAUAAUGCUUGAUAUGUCAUUUUAUUGUUGUACAUUGUUUUGAUCAUGUUUUUGGUUUAUAAACACAGUUUUAUACGAUCAUUGUUUAUAUCAUCGUCAACUACGUUCGGCGAUGUUAAGUGAGUCUUUGCUCUCUUCAGUGUCAUACAUUGUAUAUACUCUACAUAUUCAUACAUAUUCACAGAGUUACAAGAUACAAAUAUAAAUCAGCUUUGCAUUUUAGUUUACUGUGUUUGUAAUCAACAUAACAAGGGCCCUGUCCUAGAUACUUUAAGACAAAAAUAUUGUUUUGCUUCAUUCUUUGGACACUGUUUUUAUUUUUUUGGGCCUAGAGUCAAACAUUUUAUGUCCCUUUGUAGUGCUGGUUCUUGGGUUUUAUCUCAAAUUUGGUUUUUAUACAUCCAGUUUUGGAUUUUGAUGUAACAUUAUUUUAUAGGCAUCUUAAUGUUGCUAUGCAAAUCACAGUUCUUAUGUGUGAGAAUUCUCACGAUCGUUCUGGAAAUAUUUUUGAAGUCCAAUUGUAUAUUUUGAAUCUCCAGAGAAAUUUUAUAUGUGAACUUGCUGAUUUAGUUUUGUUUAUAAAUGAUGAAAAACAGAAGUGAAGAAUAAAGAAUGAACAUGUA